GAGAGGAGACUGUGACUGUGGAGUAUUGACAUGUUUGGAUUUACCAAGAAGUCUGGACAGUCAUUUGGUUCAUAGGAAAGUUCACCGUUCAUUUCUGACCCGGUGUUUGAUAUGUGGUAGAACUAUGGAGUAUCCUCUAGUGUGGGUUCUCAUCCUGGUGCUGCUUAACUUCACUACAGAUGUCUCUGGCCAGGUGGUGGUUCCCUCGAUGAACCCCUUAGCUGUGGGCAGUAAUGUCACCCUGAACCUAGUUCCUCAAAGCCCCAUCAACAUAGGGACCUGGUCAUAUGAAACUACAACCAUCGUACUUUUCUAUCCUAAUGGCAGUAUUGUGAGUAAAAGUUAUCAAGGCAGAGUCUCAUUCAACCGUUCCUCCGCAGAGCUGUCCAUAAGCUCUCUCCAACUCAACGACUCAGGACGAUAUACCGUGCAGGGAAUGAAGCCAGUCCUGUAUGCUGUGGUGACCUUGUCUGUCCAGGAGCCCAUUUCAAACGUGACUCUAAGGGCCAACGCCACUGAUCUAGUGGAAUUAAACGACACUGCCAUGUUCACCUGCUCCGUCUCCUCUGGCACUUCCCUCUCCUACCACUGGCUGAAUGGCAGCUCAGAGGUCACAGCCAGUGACCGAGUUUGGCUUGGUGGUGGGAACAGCACUCUCACCAUAGUCAGUGUGACACGAUACGAUGAAGGGCCGUUCAGAUGUGAGGUCAUCAACGGAAUCAGCAACGGCACCAGCCAGCCCAUUGGCCUCAAUGUUAGAUAUGGCCCAAGUAACCUCACCAUGAUGGUAGUUCCUGAGAUGACCAUAGGACAUACAGCCUACAAGACGGGCUCUGACAUCACUCUGUCCUGCUCCGCUCAGUCCAAACCCGCUGAGUCCUACAAGUGGGGGUUAAAUGGGACGUUCCUCAAUGAGCAAAGCCCACAGCUCAGCCUGCAGAACAUCAGGGAGAACCAGACAGGAAGUUAUGCCUGCUUAGCCCACAACAAUGUCACACUCCAAGUCGCCUCCAUGACCACAAUGAUAAAGAUCGUGGAGCCGAUAUCAGCGGCCUCUCAGCCUCUCAACCUCUCAGCCUCUCAGCCAGUUCAGCUGGUUCUUCAACGGCUCCCAGAUGGCGGUUGGCUCAGUGUAUGAGACUGGCCCACUGACCUUAGCCAAUCAUGGGGAGUACACCUGUGUGGCCUUCAACAACAUCACUGGCAGAAACAGCACUGUCUCCAAGAUGCUCAUUGUUGUUGAACCAGUAACCAUGGCCAUGGUGAAAGUCAUGGGUUCCCAGCUAAUAGCAGACUACAUGUUUGCGAUGACCUGUGAGACCACAGGAACCAUUUACUCCAUUCAGUGGAUGAGGAUCGGCUGGCCUCUGUAUGCUGAC